CCCACUUGUUUAUUAUUUUCUUGAUGAUUUUUUUUUUCUCUCUUGCCUACCUUUUUGGGCCUUUAAAUUAACCCACAAUCUCAAGUAUCAUUCCUUCCUCUUCUUCUUCUUCUCCUUUGCUUACUCUUUUGAGUUUUCUGAUAUUUUCUUCUUUGGCUCUUUUUCUUGUUUUCUCCACCAGUUUCUGCUCUUUGUUAGGCUUUGAUUUCUUGGUUUUUAGUCUUUGUGGCUAAAACUCAUUAAAAAUCCCAUCUUUUUUUCCAAAUCUGCUCCUUUUAGGCUUUGAUUUUUUUGGUUUUUAAUCCUUGUGGUUAAAACCCAUUAAAGAUCCAAGUUUUUUCCUUCUUUUGUGGCUGAAUUCCAUUAAAGAUCCAAUCUUUUCUCCAAUUUCUAGGAUUUUAGUCUAUUUGGCUGAAACCCAUUAAAGAUCUAAGCUUUUAUCAUCUAUGUUUUUAAUCUUUGAGGGUGAAAACCAUUAAAGAUCCAAACUUUUUAUACCAAUUUGUUAAGGACUCUCUGUUACUUUGUUGUGCAAAAAAUUAAUGCUGCAUAGAAAUUUAUUCAUGUUCAAGAUUCAUGUCUCCAGUUCUUAGUGAAAUCCUUCGUUCCGGUUUUAUUAUCAGUUCAUCACUUAGACGUAGAACCCAUCUUGUUCAAUCUUUCUCAGUUUGUUUCCUAUACUGGUUUUAUAUGUUCUCAGAGUUCAUCACUUCCCCAUAAAAUAUAUCUUGAUCCAUAGUUAAAUUACUUAAUCUAGUAUACCAUAUAAUUAGUACUUUUUUUUCCAGGGCCUAAAAUUUUAAUAGCUGUACAUAUACAAUACUACUACUACUUAUUUUAUGAUGGCUACUUCUAGUGGAAAUUCAUCAGGUUCAACACAGAUUCAGAACUCGGGUUCUGAAGAAGAUUUGCAGGUUUUAAUGGUGGUUGAUGAAAGGAAAAGAAAGAGAAUGCAAUCGAAUCGAGAAUCAGCAAGGAGAUCAAGAAUGAGAAAACAGAAACAUCUUGAUGAUUUAUUAGCCCAAGUGACACAACUCAAGAAGGAAAACAACAACAUCCUUAACAGCAUCAACAUGACAACAGCACAGUACGCUAAUGUUGAGGCAGAUAAUUCUGUUUUAAGGGCUCAAAUGAUGGAGUUAAGUCAAAGGUUGCAAUCUCUUAAUGAAAUCCUCAGUUACAUCAAUUCCAACAACACCAACAACAACGUUAAUAAUAAUAUUAAUGGAGUGUUCGAUGAUUUUCAGAUUUGUUCUGAGACUUUGAUGAACAAUUCAUGGAACAUGAUGUAUGUCAACCAGCCAAUUAUGGCUAAUGCUGAUAUGCUCUAUCAGUAUUGAUUUUGUUUUUAACUUUUUCAUGGUGGUGUAAUGUUCAAUUAAUGGUGGUUGUUGUGAUGAUGAUGAGUGGAAGGGUUAUUUUAUCAGUGGUAUCUUUGUUUAUUAUUUUGUUUUAUUAUUAUUAGUAAGAGUUGAGUAAUGUUAUGAGUUAUUAGGACUAUUAGAAUAAGAUUAAUGUAAAAUGUGAGCAGUCAAAGAGGAUGAGCUGACUGAUCUUUGGGCAUGUGUAAAAAAGGGGUCAUGUAUUGAUAUAUUGGAAUGAAUGGUUGUGAAUGCAUUGUGUUUCUAUUUUUAAUAAAUGCAAGUUGUUUCAAUGUA